UUAGAAUUUAGAAAGAGAGCCGAAAAUGGGGAGUCCAUUAGCAGACGGGUGCGGCGGGUUCCAUGAGGACCAGCUGGACGCGAUCAGGAGGGAGCUGUUUCAGUCGGCAAUGAAGGGCGACUGGCGGCGCGUGAUCCACACCUACAGGACGCAGCCGUCGGCGUACGCGGCCCAGAUCACGAAGCCCCUCGACACGGCGCUGCACAUCGCCGUUUCGGACGGGCAGGAGCGCUGCCUGGAGCAGCUGGUGGAGAUCAUGUACGGGAAGAGCGGCGCCGGCGAGGAGGCAGGGGCGGCACUGAGGGUGAGGAACGACCACGGCAACACCCCGCUCCACAUCGCGGCGGCGCUGGGGAACGUCAGGAUGUGCGUCAGCAUCGCGGGGAGGGACAAGGCGCUGGUCGGGGUGCGGAACGACGAGAGCGAGACGCCGCUGUUCCUGGCGGCGGUACACGGCAUGAAGGAAGCGUUCCUCCGCAUGCACCAGAUCUGUGGGGCCGAGGAUUGUCGGAGGCAUUAUCGAGGGAAGGACGGCGAGACCAUCCUCCACGUCGCCAUCGCCGGAGAAUACUUCGAGUUGGCGUAUCAGAUAAUAGUUUUGUACAAGGAACUGGUGAACGCUGUGAACACGCAUGGGAAAACCCCUCUGCACCUGCUGGCCAGCAAGCCUGGCGCGUUUAGAAGUGGCAGCCACGUUGGCGGAUAUCACCAGCUUAUUUAUUAUUGUACGUUUGUGGACUUGCUUCAGCCAGAAAUGCCACGCACAUAUGCUGGCCAAGGUGCAGCACCAGCGUCGUCCUACGUCCCUCCUAACUACGAAACCUGUGUUUCCUUCCUCGCAUUACCACUUGACAUAGUGAAGAGUAGAUUCAAACAGUCAAAUGCUCCGUCAGAGGAUGCAGAGAACCAGAGAGCUCCAUCAAAACAGUCAGCUGGGAGUCAACAACUACUUCCUUCCAAUUACGACACGUGCUUUGAGUUCGUGAAGCUAGCCUUCAAGUCCCUCUUUGUCAUCCUUGGAUAUGGAUCGACCGAAAUGAGGAAGAUACGCAUGAAGAAGGAGAAGCACGUGUGGUCGGUCCAGAUAAUGAACGAGCUUCUCAAAGAUGCGGAGACGUACGUUUAUGAGUACAACGGCAGGAGCCCCCACCCCAUCGGAACACCUCUCGAGUUCAGCGACCUGCUCACCGCCGCCGGCGACCACGACAUCAACAAGCCCAAACACCUCGAAACCAUCGAGACGCCGAUGCUAAUAGCGGCGAAGAACGGGAUCACCGAGAUCGUGGAGAAGAUUCUGGACCUGUACCCGGUGGCCAUUAACGACAUGAACGCCGGGAAGAAGAACAUCGUGCUGCUGGCGGUGGAGAACAGGCAGUCCCGCGUUUACGAGCGGCUGCUGAAGAGAGGGGUGAUCAGAGAGAGCGUUUUCCGCAAGGUGGACAACCGCGGGAACAGCGCCUUGCACCUCGCCGCCGCCCUCGGCCACCACAAGCCCUGGCGGAUCCCUGGCGCCGCCCUCCAGAUGCAGUGGGAAAUCAAGUGGUACGAGUUUGUGAAGAACUCGAUGCCCUACAACUUCUUCAUCCGGCACAACAAGGAAGGGAAAACUCCACGGGACAUCUUCUCGGAGGAGCACGCUGACCUGGUGAAGAGCGGCGGAGAGUGGCUGAUCAGCACGUCGGAGUCCUGCUCGGUGGUGGCCGCGCUCAUCGCCACCGUGGCGUUCGCCACGUCGUCCACCGUCCCGGGAGGUGUGGAGCCGGACGGGAAGCCGACGCUGGAAGGGCAGCCGGCGUUCCACAUCUUCGCGAUCUCGUCGCUGGUGGCGCUCUGCUUCUCGGUCACCUCCCUCGUCAUGUUCCUGUCCAUCCUGACGUCACGCUUCCAGGAGAAGGACUUCGGGAGGGACCUGCCCAGAAAGCUGCUCAUCGGGCUAUCGUCGCUCUUCGUCUCCAUCGCCGCCGUGCUGGUGAGUUUCUGCGCCGGGCAUUUCUUCGUGCUCAGGGACGAGCUCAAGUACGCGGCGUAUCCAGUGUAUGCGCUGACGUGUCUGCCGGUCAGCUUCUUUGCGGUCGCCCAGUUCCCGCUCUAUGUUGACUUGGUUCGUGCGACGUUCCAGCGAGUCCCGCGCGGGAGCUACAUGGUGGUUCCUCCUUAAUUACUAGCGAUUUAAUAAUUAAUGUUGAUUGGCGGGUCGUUUAAUUAUACGUACCAAGACUUUGUGGCAGGCUUCCUAACAUUCCCGUCCAUUAUUAUUACACAUAAAAUUUGUCUCAUAUAUUGGCAAUCACUUGUAUAUGAAUAAUGUGACAACUAGUCU